AUGUCGGACACAGCGGUGGACACCAGCUCCGAGGUCGCUACCAAGGACUUAAAGGAGAAGAAGGAAGUUGUGGAUGAGGCAGAGAAUGGAAGAGACGCCCCUGCUAAUGGGAACGCUAAUGAGGAACAUGGGGAGCAGGAGGCUGACCAGGAGGUCGAUGAAGAAGAGGAAGAAGGUGGGGAGGAAGGCGGGGAGGAAGAGGAAGAAGGUGGGGAGGAAGGCAGGGAAGAAGAGGAAGAGGAGGAGGAAGGUGGUGGUGAAGAAGAGGAUGGAGAUGAAGAUGAGGAAGCUGAGGCCACCACAGGCAAAAGGGCAGCUGAAGAUGAUGAGGAUGAGGAUGUUGACACCAAAAAGCAGAAGACUGAGGAGGAUGACUAGACAGCAAAGAAGGAAAAGUUAAACUUAAAAAAAAAGGGGCCAC